GUCAGUCCACUACGUGGCAGACGAUACAAUCCAAGAUGGCGGCUUAAUAAAUUUUUUCAUCGCGUACAUCAACUCAAAAUACUUCGACUGAAUUAAUUAAAGAUGGGGUUGUGUAAAUGCUCGAAGAAGAAAGUGACAAAUCAGUUUUGCUUCGAGCACCGAGUCAAUGUCUGCGAGUAUUGUCUGGUGUCCGACCAUCCGAAGUGUAUUGUUCAGUCCUAUCUUCAGUGGAUUCAAGACAGCGAUUAUGAUCCCAUAUGCCAAUUGUGCAAACAAGAAUUAUCAGAAGGCGAAUGUGUUCGACUGAUUUGUUAUCAUGUCUUUCAUUGGAAUUGUUUGGACAACUAUGCUUGCCAGUUGCCGGCCCACACUGCACCCGCUGGUUAUACGUGUCCUACGUGUAAAACAGUUUUGUUUCCUCAAAAAAAUCUUGUCUCUCCCGUUUGUGAUGCACUGAAAGCAAAGUUACAGAAUGUUAACUGGGCACGGCCAGGAUUGGGAUUACCGGUGAUUGAUGAUAAUUUAACAUCUAAAAAUUCUAAGUCAGUAACACAAAAAGAAAUGGAUGUGCCUUCUGAACAAAUAGCGGCGUCGCUCGGAGAUACUUCCAAAUCACCGAAAUCGGAAAUUCCGAGAAGCCACAUUCCAACAAAACCGCACAGUGUUGUAAGCAUGGAAGGAAUGAACCAUAAUUUUCAAAUAGAUCCUUAUAACAAUUCUUCAGUUUUUUCUGCCGCUCAUUUAUCGUCUCCCCGUAAACUGUAUGAUUCAACUGGACACGAUGCAUUCCGGCCCAUGCCCAUCGAUCAUGACGAAGAUAAAUAUAAGAGAAGAUCAGCGAUGGAAUGGUUUUCAAGAUGGUUCAAGUCGAGGACCAUUCUUGGAGGGCACUCCCGUCGCGAUCCGAAUCUCGUCUACAAACGCUGGUUUAUUUUAGUGGUGCUGUGCUUUGUCGGAUUAUGUACACUGAUUCUUAUAUUUGUGCGACUGGGACGUGCCAGCGCCGACACCGAUCCACUGCUGGAUCCUCUCCUGAAUCCCAACAUUCGCAUUGAAGACAAACUAGAUGUGGCUAAAGUGGACAAAAUGGAUGGACAGGAAGGCGGUGCGGGAGGAAACGGCGUCCUGGACAGCAGGGGAUGAAGAUGGAUUUCAACUGAGGUUCGAUCAUCCUCGGCGAGAAGCCAGUCCGAGACUGAGUCGAGUUGCGUUUGCACACACGACGAAAGACAAAAUUCUGGACUCGUUGCCAAAAUACAUUUAGUCAUUGUAACGACCGUAAAAUAUUAUUUAUAUUUAAAUAUCCGAAAUACAAUGUGUUAAACAAUAAUGUUUCUGUGGGUCAAUGGCGAUAAUUUCGAAUAAAUUGCAUCCGACUUCUGCCCAUGUCUAGAUUUUAAAGCAAAUUUUUCUAAAUUGUAACAAGCUACUUUUGUAUAAAGUUUUUUAUUUUUUAAAAAACCUUAGAAAAUAUUUCCCAGUUUUGGAUAUUGUUAUUUAUUUACAAUUCUCAUAAUAUAUAAAGAAAAACUGAGUUGCAUUUAGAACUUGUUAUUGUCAUGUUUCAGUUAAGCUAGAAUAUGUAAAUGGAAAAAGAAAUUGUUGGCAAUAUGCCAUUUGUAUAUUUUACCAAAUUUAAAUAAAGAGGAAUUUUUUCAAAAUUUCUCAAUUUUAAAAUGUCCAAUUUAAUUGACUUUGUUACUUUUCUCUCAAAACAUAGAUAGAAAGACCAAUAAUUAAGUAAGUACUUAAUGCCCUGGAAUAAAGAGA